GAGAGAGCGAGCGAGAGAGAGAGAGACUCUUCCAGGAAGAGAUUAUUAACUCGCGCGCUGCCGCCGACGUGUGAAGGGAAAACACUCGCAGCAGAGACAAAAGAAGUUUUCGCGCAGACAGCCGCGCCAUGGCCGUGGCCAGCAGAUGAAGCGGGCUGCUGCAACAGGAGAAGACAUUUGGAAAGCAAAGAAAAAACAUUCAGAAAGAGAAAGUAUUUGUCCCACAGUGACGGGGCCGAGCAGUCACACCGCUGCCGCUUCAGCCGCCGCUGCUGUGCGGGUUUCCACAGGCGCGGGCAGGAGGAGAUAAAGAAGAAGAAAAAAAACAGCGGAGCGGAAAAAAGUGGAAGCAGAGAAGUUGACGGGAGAUAAUGUCUGAAUCCUCCUCCGCUGCGGCCAAGCAGGAGAGGAGCUCUUUCAGUCCUUCCGCGAACCCGCUGCCAAACUCCACUUCCUCCCCCGUCCAUGCUCCCGCCGCGAGGCCAGCCAGCCGAAUGGAGGACGAGCCUGCCAGGCUGCCUGCGCACCUGCGUUUGCAGCCAGUGUUUUGGAGCAGGGAGGAUGUGGCCCAGUGGCUCCGAUGGUCCGAAAAGGAGUUUGCCCUGCGGCCGAUCACCAGCGGCUCAUUUCAGAUGAAUGGCAAAGCCCUGCUGCUGCUCACCAAGGAGGACUUCCGCUACAGAUCCCCCCACUCUGGGGACGUCCUUUAUGAGCUGCUGCAGCAUAUCCUAAAGCAGAGGAAGCCUCAUGUGUUGUAUCCAUCCGCCUACUUUCCAGGGAACUCCUUCCACUCGCUGCCUGAAAGCGCUGUGCAGCACCUGAAGCUCGAAGAAACGGUACGACGAGGGCCACGUGGUACAGAGCCACUCCCCCAGCAUCCACCAACCAUUGAGCUGCGGCACCGCUCUCGCUCCCCUCAUCACCCAGCCCCGCGUCGCUCCCCUCUAGAGCCAAACAAUACUCGUCCCACCAACGAGGACUCCCACCAGACCUUCUCCCAGCUCCCCGACAGCAACCACCACCUGCCUGAAGAAAUGUACCCACUGUCGGUGUCCCCGGCUGCACCCAACGGGCGUUGCACGACACCCCGUGAUCCCCCGUGCCCGGGCAGCCCUGGCGGCCAGGAGGCGGGCCCUCCUCGCGUCAUCCAGCUCAUGCCCAGCACUAUAAUGAACCCUCUGCUCCUCAGCCCGAGCAGGAGCAGUGGGGCUGCCGGCAUGGACUUUAGGAACAGCCGCGGUGGACAUUUGUCCCAGGCGACGCUCGAGAAUGGGCGCGAGAGUAAAGUUCAUGGCCACCACCAUCAAAUACAGCUGACCCAGCAGCAGCAACAGCAGCAACAGCACCUGCUGCAGCAGGAGGAGGCCCUCUACAGGAACCAUGUCAUCAUGCCAGUGUCGCCUCCAGAAGAGCAGCAGAUGCCCAUAGGACGGAUAGCAGACUGCAGGCUGCUGUGGGACUACGUCUACCAGCUCCUGUCAGACAGCAGGUACGAGAACUACAUCCGCUGGGAGGAUCCAGAGAACAAAGUCUUCCGCAUCAUGGACCCCAAUGGCCUGGCAAGACUCUGGGGCAACCACAAGAACAGGACAAAUAUGACAUACGAGAAGAUGUCGCGAGCACUGAGACACUACUACAAACUGAACAUCAUCAGGAAAGAGCCUGGGCAAAGACUUCUGUUCAGGUUCAUGAAAACCCCGGACGAGAUCAUGAACGGACAGACGGAGCGGCUGGAGCAUCUGGAGUCCGACACAGAUGAACAAAUCUACAUUAAGGAGGAAUGCUGAGGAAUUCUCGAGGGGAUAACAGUUUCACCGACUACUUACUACUUACUACUACAGCCGCUGAUGCCUUUCAGACGCAGCUUGAACAAUCGAUGUCGACUCUGGAGCGCAUGGACGUUUUCCUCGUACCAGUCCUUUACAGAGACACGUGAUAUCUGGUCGCUCCUAAAAUUGCCUUAGGAUGAUAAUUUUUCUGUUUCAACAAAAAAAAAAAACGACAACAAAAAAACAAAAACAAAAGGAACAGCAUCAGUGGUUUUGAUUUUUUCCUGAUGGUCAGAGCUGAAGGGACUUUCUGAGUGCUCUCUUUUUAUUUCUGAAUGAACUGCAAAAGCCAAUCACUUUGUGCUUCAAUGUCACUUUUCUAAUUUGUUUCUUGUCUCCUCACUCGCAUUAUACUACCGAAUUUUGUAAAAAAAAAAAAAGAAAAAUCGCGUGCGUGUGUGUCUGUGUGUGACGGAAAUGUUUUCACCACGGAAUAAACAUUUUUGAUCAAA